AUGUCGAACACCGACUUCGAGACGGCCGUCACGCAGGAGGAGGCGUACCUCCGCAAGGUGCACCCAACGGCGGACGACAUCCCGGGCUGCAUGACGCUCUUUGACGACUUUCUCUCCUGCAACAUCGUGGGCAAGCAGCUCACCUCGCUCUACCGCUACGGCCACAUGUCCGUGUGCGGCCCGAAGCUCGCCGAGUUCAAGUUCUGCAUGUCGCUCAAGGGCCUGCACCCCGAGGAGCGCCGCGACGCGUGGAUCCGGCGCCGCGCGGAGUGGUGGGCGCGUCGGCGGCUGGAGAAGAGUAGUGAGGAUGUGUGGGACGUACGGGCGGAGCCGCUGAAGGACUUCCCGCCUGAGAGGACGUACAUACCCUCUGGGACGGGCUCUACGCUUGAGUGA